AUGACAUUCAACACCGAGUGGAUACCCGGCGCUACAUUUUCUGGGAGUGCUUUCUCUGACUUCGUUAAUGCAUCCCCUGCGCCUGAUCCGCUUCCUUCGAAUGACCUCGACGCGGCCCGUUUGAAUGACGAUGAUUCCACCGCUUCCAGCGGUGAUUCUAGCGUUUCCGACGAUGAAACCAACCUGGCUAACGACGCCGAGGCAGACAAUGCUAAUGCCGAGGUCGCCGAUCUGAACACUUCUAACCCCGUUGUCCUUGCUUCGGAUGAAUCUCCUCCCGCUUAUCAACUCGCGGCACUGCCUCUCGGUUCUCCUGAGAACCCCAUCGAAAUAGAUGAUGACGGGACUAAUAACGAUGAAGCCCUUCUCAGCCCAAGAUUUGAUGCUGUCGAGAUUGUUCCUUUCCGAGCAACAGUCGUGGAUGAAGAGGACGUUCUUCGUGCUCGAGAGCGUAUAACAAGAUGGUUUAAUAACCACAUUAGACACAACUCUCAACGAGUUCUGCGAGGUCGAUCCCGCCGUGCACGCACCGCCGCCGGACCAGUAGAGUCAUUUUGGACAACCAGUGAGCUCAUGGAGUCGGUUUUAGAAGAGCUGGAUGAUGUCUUGAACAAUGCAUCCCGUGUUGAGUUGAUCCAUGUAUAG